AAGGCUUCCGCGGGGCUCCUUCCUCCCCGGUGGGAGGAUCGGACGCGGCAGAGGGCAGGUCCAGCAGGGCGCGGUCUCCUUCUUCUCCCGCGGCACCUCAUCUGGACUCUAGUCGGACCUUCCCACCGCUGCCAGCCGCAGGGCGCUGCGCCACAGGGCCGCAUUGAGAGCAGAGCCGAGAGGCACAAACCGCUGCGGGGAGCCCUCUGACCGCCGGGACCCGGAGCCCGGCCAGCCCACGCACCGCGCGCCUCCGUGUCUGUCUGUCUGUCAGUCUGUCUGUCUGUCGGCCGUUUCUCACAGCUCCGACACGGUGGGGCAGCUUUGAACCUGCCUGCCAAGAUAAACUCACCUCGCCUAUUUAUGCCCCUGCCGCCGCGUGCCCUCUGGACAGGAGCGUGUCGGCGCGCAGAGGACAGGUUCACGGCUCUGCGGCUCGUCUCCAGCGGCGCACUUGGCCACUUUUACGCGCGACGGAAUGGCGACUUUCGGGGACCCUGGGAUGAGUCCCGCUGCGUUAUCUCCACUCUAAGACUAAAGCAAAAAGGGAAGGAGACACUCGUGAAGACGCGCGGCGCGGCUCCGGGGGCGGAAUGCUGCUGCCGACGCUGGUGACGUGCCUCGCCGGGUGCGCCUUCCUCCUCUCCCCGGUCAGCGAGGGCUGCGGGCCGGGCAGAGGCUACGGCAAGAGGCGCUCGCCGCGGAAGCUGGCGCCGCUCGCCUACAAGCAGUUCAGCCCCAACGUGGCGGAGAAAACCCUGGGGGCCAGCGGGAGGUACGAGGGGAAGAUCACCCGGAACUCGGAGCGCUUCAAGGAGCUCACCCCCAACUACAACCCCGACAUCAUCUUCAAGGACGAGGAGAACACAGGUGCAGACCGCAUGAUGACACAGCGCUGCAAAGACAAGCUGAACUCUCUGGCCAUCUCGGUGAUGAACCUCUGGCCCGGGGUCCGGCUGCGGGUCACCGAGGGCUGGGACGAGGACGGCCACCACUCGGAGGAGUCGCUGCACUACGAGGGCCGGGCGGUGGACAUCACCACGUCGGACCGUGACCGGAACAAGUAUGCCAUGUUGGCCCGGCUGGCGGUGGAGGCCGGCUUCGACUGGGUUUACUACGAGUCCAAAGCCCACAUCCACUGCAGCGUCAAGUCAGACCACUCAGUGGCGGCGAAGUCUGGAGGCUGUUUCCCCGGUGACUCCAUGGUAACGGUGGCCGGCGGCGCUCAGAAGCCCAUCAGCAACCUGCGACCCGGGGAUCGAGUCCUGGCGUCUUCGGGCGGCGAUGGCAGCAGCGAGCUGGUGUUCAGUGAAGUCCUGACCUUCCUGGACCGGGACCCGGAGACCCGGAGGCUCUUCUACAGCCUGCAGACAGAAUCCGGGGCUCAGCUCCGCCUCACCGCCGCCCACCUGCUGUUCGUGUCCGAGGGGAACUGCUCAGAGGGGGCGGAGCCGACCCACGGCGCCCUCAGGACUGCGUACGCCAGCGACACCCGGCCGGGACAGUGUGUGCUGGUGUCGGAGGGCGAGGCGGGUCGGACGUACCGGGGGGGCCGUCUGUCCCGGAUCAGCCGGGUCGGCGUCACGGAGAGGACGGGGGCGUUCGCACCGCUGACCCAGCAGGGGACGCUGGUGGUGGACGGCGUGGUGGCGUCCUGCUACGCCGUGGUGGACCAGCACGCCCUGGCCCACUGGGCCUUCGCCCCGCUGAGGCUCAUGCACAGCUGGACCGGGUCCGUCGGGCGCCAUGGCGACGGGAUCCACUGGUACUCUCAGCUUUUACACUGGCUGGGCAAGAAGCUGCUGGACUCAGGACGCCUCCACCCGCUGGGCGUCGCUCAGGGCGACAGGUGAGGACGGAAACAAGAAAAAACUAACAGAAAGCCACAAAUCCAAACCUGAACAGAACCGAGAGGAACCUCCAGGAGAUGCUGGGGCUCCUGAUGGGAGGUUUUCAGCAGGAAAAAGGGAACUGUGACGUGACUCAGACCAGUUUUUCCAAAAUAAUAGAAAGAACAACGUGGAAACAGAAAACAAGCAGAUGUUUUUAUCACUUUUGAAGCACUAUGAAGCACCAAACCCUUAAAACUCUACUCUUAAAACACCUAAAGUUUAAAGUACAGGGGUCCUCGACUUACAUCGGAGUUCCGUUCCUACGGAUCGACAUAAGUCGAUUUUCACCGUAAGUUGGAACUCCAGCGAAAAUGUAAACAAAGCCAUUACGUGCAUCACAAUAUCGAUCAGUCCUUCGGAAAAGUCAUGUUCCAAGCGUUUCAUUACAUCUAAUUUCACUUCCAUGUAGACGGCUUUCCUUUUCUUCGACUCAUCAGAAGAAUCUGACUUACGCUUGGGAGCCAUAAUGAAGGACAAAAAGUCUGUGAAUGUAGCACAAUCCAAGGUGGCUACAACCAGAGAAUGUAAACAAAGCCGUCUUAUAGUGACGUAUUCAUCCACUCUUCUAGCCAGCUAGUUCCAUGUAACCAGUUCCGACAAAGCGCCGUAAGUCGAGGACCACCUGUAAUACUUUAAGGUUCACAUGACUUUCCCAUAAAUUCACACAUUUAUUAUCAUUUUAAGGUGUUUUUAUCGCUGGUGUCCUGGUUUUACAUUCAGGGUCUGAGGUAUUUAUAUAACAAUACUUGUAUUUUAUAGGUUUAACCCAUAUUUAUUAGAAAUUAAUUGAUAAAUUAAUGGAAAGCAGUUAAUCAAUGAGCGUCAUUUAAUGAAUUAGGCGUAAUUUAUGUCACAGUUUAAGGACUUUCGAUGUGUUUUAUUCCCUUAAAAGCAUCUAAAAUUUGCAGGUAAAUUAAAGAUUACAAUCAAUAAAUAUUGUUGUUAAUUUGUUACAGAUGGUUAAAUUAAUAGAAAAUGAUAAAAUAAAAAAAACUUGUUUAAAUAAAUUUUCUGAUUAAUUUAAGGUGAAUUUAUGGAGCUAAACUGCCAUAAUAAUCACCAAAAGCCAUGAAAGCAUCACUUCUCAUGUCUACUGUAAAUGUGUCUUUAAUAUUUUGGUCACUUAAAGCCAAUAAAAUAAUCUAAUAAAACGUGAUUUUACUAAAUUUAUCCUUUUAAUACUGAGUAAGAAUCCCCUUAAAUUGUAUUAAUUUGUACCUGAGCUUGACUCAAAGUUCCAACCUUAAUAUCACUUUAAAUAAUAUCUUUUUUUGCAAUGUAAAUGUAAAUUAAGGUAACAUUAUUGAUUGAUCUGAAUAUGUUUUUAUCCCACAACAACCCCUUAAACAGUGCUGAUAUUCUAUUGAAUUCAUACUUUAAUAAUAAUCAAAACAUUCAGUGACUUUAAGGUAAACUAGUGAUAUUUUAAGGUGGAGUUUUAAGGGAUUGGAUUUCAUAGUGACGUCCACAGGGAUGCUGUGCUCUUUGUAAAAGAAGAAAUGUUGUUUUUCUUCCAACAAAUGUAUGUAACGUACUGCUUUAACACAGAGAUUUUAGAGUAAAUGAUAGAGAGUAUUUAAAUAUUGUUUGUUUACAGAAAAUCCAAUAUGAAGUUAUUAUUAUUAUUAUUAUUAUGGGUGAAGAGAUAUUACAAAGAUUUAUUUUUGAAAUUAAAUUAUAUGGAAAUGA